AUGGGUGAACGAGGGCUUGGUGUGGUGGAGGUGGGGGCCCAGCAGGCGUUCAGAACCCAGCCCAAGAACAUGACGGUGCGUGCAGGGUCUACGGUGAUGCUGAGGUGUGAGGUGCUGAGGCCCUCAGGGGCCGUCCAGUGGGUGAAGGAUGGCCUCCUUCUGGGUCCCCAUCAGAGCCUGCCGGGGUUCCCUCGCUACAGCCUGUUGGGGGACCCUAAGAGAGGACAGUACCAUCUCCAGAUCGAGAAAACCGAACUGGAGGACGACGCCCCCUACGAAUGCCAAGUGGGCCAGUCCGAGAGCAGCCGGGCAAUCAUCUCCCAUACAGCGUGGAUCAAUGUGCAGAUUCCUCCCUCUAAACCUUACUUUGAGCUGGAGACCACAGAGCCAUGGGUAGCAGGGAAAAGCUACACUGUCACAUGCAUCGCUCCAGACGCAAAACCAGAGGCAGUGAUCACGCUGUUUAAAGACGGAGUUGAGCUGACAGGUGUAGAGUCUUUCCCUAUGUCUGGCUCUGAGGACAAGCUCCAGAACACACACGCUACAAAAGAGUAUGUGUUCCUCAGUUCAGACAAUGGGAGGGAGCUGGUGUGUCGUGCGAAGAACCCGGCUCUUCCUCGGGCCCUGGAGACCAGCCUGGUGAUGAAUGUAUACUUCCCACCCCAGCCUCCAGUAAUCCAGGGCCUGGACAGAGAGGGCCUGGUGAAGAGGGGGACCAUGUUGAAGCUGGUUUGUGUGUCCCAGGUAGGGAACCCACUGGCCACCCUACACUGGACCAAGAAUGGGGAGGUGAUUUCCACCAGCUGGGAGGUGGACACAGAGUCGCAACGGGCCAUCAGCCACCUGACCCUGCAGGUUAAACCACAGGACAACCAGGCCGAGCUACGCUCUGAGAGCGUCAACCAGGUGACCCCUGUCCCUCUGUCCGACAGCCGCAAGAUCACUGUCCUCUUUGAGCCAGAGAAGGUGAUGGUGCUGGGGUUGUUCGAGGCGAGAGAGGGGGAGGAGGUGACCCUGUGCUGUUACACCUCCUCCAGUAACCCGCCUGUACACAUCCGCUGGUGGCUGGGCUUCAGGGAACUCAACACCACCGUGGCCAAUGUGGAAGAGGGAGAUCACGGGGGGAAGACGACCAUGUCUAACCUGACCCAUGUUGUCUCUCGGGAGGAGAACGGGCUGCCCCUCAUCUGUGAGACCUUCAACAAGGGCACACGCUUCUCCAAGAGCCAGUCCACCAACCUCAUUGUUUUCUACCCUCCUCAGAAGGUGUGGAUAGAAGCCCCUCCCCAAGGGGUUCCUCUGAGAUCAGGAACCAUCGUCCGCCUCAUCUGCUUCUCUAGCGGGGGAAGCCCCAAAGGAACCCUCAACUGGUACAAGGAUGGUAAGGCGUUAUCAGACUACCCCAAACAGUUGCCCUCUGACAAAGGCGUGUCCAAAGAACUGGUUGUGCGCCUCCAGCCCAGUGACAACAUGGCUACUUACCGCUGUAACACAGUCAAACUCAUGGUCCAGUUCCCUGCAGUGAAUGUGACAAUCAUAGCCAAGCAGAAGGAGCUGCGUCGGGGCCAAAACCUCAGUCUGGACUGCCUGUCUGGGAGCAGCAACCCCCAGGCCAACAUCUCCUGGAGCAUGGGCCCAACCAGGCUGAAAGGGGUGGAUCAGGCUCCUAGGAACACAACGUUUGGGGGGGUGUCAGUACGCAGUACUCUGUCCCUCCCCCUGUCCUCCCAGCACCAUGGCCAGAGGAUCACCUGUCAGGCCUACAGCUCUCUGCUGUCUGAGGGAGUCAACACCUUCUACAAGCUCAACGUCCUCUAUCCCCCAGAGUUCAGCCCUGACCAUCCCCAGAAGGUACAGGUAGUGGAGGAUGAGACAGCCAUCCUUCCCUUGCUGGUCUCGGCCAAUCCAGAUGACAUCUCCUGCAGUUGGCUCUAUCGCAAGGAGGAGCUGCACAACGAAAUGGAUCCUCGCUACCACUUUACUGAGAGCACAGCGUUUGAGAUCUGGAAUGUGACAAGGAGAGACACCGGGGUCUACACUGUGAACUGUACCAACGAGGUGGGGUCCGACAAUACCACCAUCAGUCUGGACGUACAGUAUGCCCCUAGUGUGAAGAUGGAGGAGGACCCAGUGUAUGUGGAUGUGGGGGAGACAGCAGGCAUGUUUUGUGUAGCAGAUGCCAACCCCAUCAUCAACACUGACAUGUUCUCCUGGAAAUGGCUGGGUGAGGGGGAGAUGGAGGAGAUGGGGGAGCAGAGCCAGGAUGAGGCCACUGGGCAGCUGACCAUCCAAGGGGCGACUCGGGCCCACGCCGGACGCUACCAGUGCACUGCCGACAACAACAUAGCGCCCCCUGCCAGCGUGGCGGUCCAGUUGGUGGUACGCUUUAAGCCAGAGCUCCAGAAGGGGGCUCAGUGGAAUAAGGUGGCGAGCAGAGGGGAUGGCACCAGAACAGCUGAGGUGGUGUGCCAGGGAGAGGGCAUCCCGCGGCUCCACUUCUCCUGGGCUAAAAAUGGCGUGCCCAUGGACUUCAUACACCCAAGGUACCAGGAGAAGACAGUUAGGGAGGGCUCAUUACACACCAGCACGGUAACCGUGGUGAACGUGAGUGCAGUGCUGGACUACGCAGUAUUCACCUGCACCGCUCGCAACACUCUGGGAGAGGACACACUCAACAUCCAACUUCUCAGCACCAAUCAACCAGAUCCUCCCUCAGAGUUCCGCCUGGUCAGCUUCACCCAUGCCUCUGCAACUCUAGAAUGGAUCCCAGGCUUCGAUGGGGGCUUGGAGCAGAGAUUCCGUGUCAGGUACCGUUGGGCUGGCUCUGUGAGUUUCCUCUAUGUGGAUGUGUUCCCUCCGAGGGCAAACAUCUUCAGUGUGACGGGCCUGUCCCCCGCCACCACAUACAACUUUUCUGUCAACGCACUCAACUCCAUGGGAGAGAGCAGCUACGCAGACAACAACUCAGUACUCACCAUCACCACCGAGGAGUGGGAAGGAGCAGUCCAGGAAGAGGAUCCCUUACACACUGAGGAGACGAGUGGGUUGUCGCUGUAUCAGACUAUGAUCAUGACGGUGGUUGGUGGGACUCCGCUGCUGGCUCUCAACUGGCUGGGCUGCCUCCUGUGUCUGAGGUGGAAGAAGAGGUGGGGCCAGACAGAGAGUAAAGGCAGUGUUUCAGAUGGGAAGAAGAGUGAAGGAGAUGGGUCCACUGUGUCCACUGCCAGCGGCUCCAUCAGGUAUGAAGACAGAGAGCUGGUGAAUCCUGCGGCCCAGCGCACCCUCCUCAUCGACAACGGAUCAGAACCAGACAGCAGCGUCUACGAGAGCUACGCUGGAGAGAGCUCCCACUACUACUACCCCACCAGUGACUACUUCCCCUCUCUCUACACCCACCCCGAGGGAACACAAGAGUCAGAUGGCCACCGCUACCCUCUAGAGCCCAUAGGCCAUGAGUAUGAGGAGGUGAGAGACUGGGGCAUGUAUCAGGAUGUGCUGGGGUUGUCGCUCCCACUGCCUCUUUCCCAGUUUGACCCCAGGUUACCAGAGCAGAGGGGAGAGUGGAGACCACCACCACCCAGUUACCCUCAGGGAAGUGGGAGGGGCAUGACUUCCCCGCAGCAGCCAAUCAGAAGGAAGGAUCCGGUGGUUGAGCGACGCCCAGAGAGAAACAACUAUGAUUUACCUUUUGAGCUCAGAGGACAGUUAGUUUAGGAAGCUUAUGCCUUGAUUCCAGAAAGUGGACAAUACCUCAGACUAAAAUACAAACUCUUAGUGCUGUGCUGGUAUUGAGUACUAUAUGAAUAGGAAGCCUUUCAACUGAUCAAAUCUUUACUACCAAAAGGUAUGGUAUUUACAGUAGGUGAUGUUGUGGGACAGUCAAUCAAUACAAACUAGGCCUACCAUCGAUCCAAAGACCUCAAAGAUGUAAAAUGUAAAAGAUGAAGCAAGAAAACAUACAGAUUUUUUAGUAACAGUUGACUAUACUCUACUGUACAAAUAUAUAUAUUCUAGUCCUAGGCUUAACUGAUACACAAUUCCACCAUGCUUCCAGUGUAUUUUAUACAGGUACAUGUCAUAUCCAAAAUAUUUCUCUAAGGGCCUUUACUAGAAAUGUCACUCC